AUGGUCAUGGAGAUCGGCAAAUUAGUUGAGAUAGGCGAGAAGCUUGGAUUGCAAGGGCGUGAGCUUCAGGAAUGGAUAAAUCAGGAGAGGACUAGAGAUCGCGAGGAGCGGGCUCUAGAACGAGAGCGCAUGAGGGAGGCCGAAGCCAAGGCUAUAGAAGCACACGAAAGAGAGCGAGAAAUUUUGGAAAUGAAGCUGCGGCUUUCCGAAAAAGGUUCCCCCCAAGUGAGUGGGUCGGACGAAGGACAGAUGGUUCCGCCAUCGUCUCAGUUUCAGGGAAUUAGUCCCCAUAAGUUGAUGUCAGCGUAUGACGAAAAGAAAGAUGAUUUAGAUGCAUAUUUGAUGCGUUUUGAACAAAUAGCCGAUGGUCAGAAGUGGCCUAAGGAGCAAUGGGCAGCGGCAUUGAGUAUGUGCCUUAGCGGAGAAGCUUUGAGCGUGUUUGGGAGGUUACCAGCAAGCGAUUGCAACGACUACGUGAAGCUGAAAGAGGCCUUGCUGAGUAGAUUCCGUUUGACGGAAGACGGUUUUCGUGGCAAAUUCCAAACCGCACCACCCGUAGAUGGGGAAACGGCGGGUCAGUACCUCGCUAGGCUAGAUAACUACUGGGAAAGAUGGUUGCAGCUAGCAGGAACAAAGAAAGAAUAUGAAGAUGUCAAAGAACUGAUGAUCCGCGAAAGGUUUUUAGAACGAUGCGACCCGAAGCUGGCGUUGUUCAUCAAAGAGAGGAAGCCGAAGAGCCGAAAAGACCUGUCCGAAUUAGCGAACCAGUUCAUGAACGCGCAGGGGCGUACAAACCUAGGGAAGAAAAUUAGCGAAAGCGGAGUUCCGGAGAAGCAAGUUGCUCCCGUGUCGGGAAAAACCGGAGCCGAUGGGAAAGGCGCAAGCCCAGGUGUAGCACAGCGGCAGCGAUGCCUGAUCUGCAAUAGGCUCGGGCACAAGGCCUCUAAUUGUCGUACAAAUGUACCUAGAGGAGCCUCAGAUAUAAUUUGCUACAGGUGUGGACGUCGUGGGCACAAGAGCUCGGAGUGCAGGAGUACAAAUACUGCGAAGAAGGAUGGAACUGAAAAUUCGGUAUCCACAUGCGUUCAGGGAGGAUAUGUUGAACUCAAGAGCGGGGAGAAGGUGCCCGUGGUAAACGUUGCGUCCAAGGACAAACGUCCACCAGAGGAGAACAACUUGCCUGUUGUGGAAGGCAUUAUAGACGGCAAACGCGUCAAAAUUCUCCGAGAUACAGGGUGUAACACUGUCAUCGUUAACAAAGCACUGAUUACGCCCGAGCAGCUGACGGGAAAGACGAUGACUGUGUUCCUACUUGAUCGCAAGGUCAGAAUGUUACCUGUUGCCACCGUUCACAUUCAGUCACCGUACUACACGGGGGAGCUUGAGGCAGGAUGCAUGGAGGAUCCUUUAUUUGACGUUAUACUUGGGAAUGUGCCCGGAAUACGACGCGUUGAGGAACAAGACCCACACUGGGAAACCGAACCUGGCAAUGCAGAAGACACUGGUUCAAAGGAACAAGACGUUCCCGAACUAGAAGGGAAUACACCGAGCGUGGGAGGUGGCCAGCAAGAAAUCCCUCCUAAGAUACUUGCGGUAACUACGCGACAACAGUCCCGAAAGCAGAGGGAAGAUUUCCGGCAGUUGAGAAGUCCACUCCUAAGCGAGGGCAUAGUGACCGAAGAUUUCGGUAAAGAGCAGAAGGACGACCCGACUUUGCAAAAGUUUUUUGCUUCCAUCGGAAAACAAUUCCAAAGCAAGAACCGGCGUCAGGGCAGCUACCUAUUUUUUGAGGAAAACGAUUUGCUUCAUCGGAAGUAUAAAUCGUUUGUUGGGGAGACAACAAUUCAGCUAAUGGUACCUCAAAAAUUCAGGCUUACGGUCUUGGAGUUGGCACACAAUGGAAUAAUGGCCGGACAUCAAGGGGCAAAACGCACGGCUGAGAGAAUUAUGACAGAAUUUUACUGGCCAGGACUGCAGUCGGACGUGAAAAGGUUUGUCCGAACGUGCGACAUUUGCCAGAGGACCAGUGACAAAGGCAGGACGCGACCUUUGCCACUAGGGAAAAUGCCUAUCAUCGACACUCCAUUCAAAAGAGUGGCCAUCGAUAUCGUCGGACCGAUAAAACCACCGUCGGAAAGGGGCAAUCGCUACAUACUUACUGUCGUCGACUAUGCUACCAGAUUUCCGGAAGCCGUUGCUUUGCCAAGUAUCGAAACAGAAAGAGUAGCUGAAGCUCUACUGAACGUAUUUUCCCGGGUUGGAUUGCCAGAUGAAAUACUCAGCGACAGGGGAUCCAACUUCACUUCCGACCUGAUGAGGGAGAUCAGUCGGCUGCUAUCAGUUCGCCAGCUCACCACAACGCCAUACCACCCGAUGGCCAACGGUCUCGUAGAGAAGUUCAAUGGAACACUGAAGAAGAUGCUGAAGCGAAUGUGCCAUGAGCGCCCACGGGACUGGGAUCGCUAUUUGUCACCCCUUUUAUUUGCAUAUAGGGAGGUGCCACAGGCAAGCCUGGGAUUUUCCCCAUUUGAGCUUUUGUACGGCCGAAAGAUGAAGGGGCCGUUGGCAAUUUUGAAACAGUUGUGGGGCGGAGCGCAGAUUGAUGAAGAGGUGAAGACGACGUAUCAGCAUGUAUUGGAUCUGCGUGACAAGCUCGAAGAGACUUGUCAAAUCGCCCACGAGGAGCUGGAGAACGCGUCGCAGCGAUACAAGAAGUAUUAUGACACGAGAAGCAGAGACCGACAGCUCCAGGUUGGAGACGAAGCCCUACUGUUACUUCCGACGGAGGGAAAUAAAUUAAUGAUGCAAUGGAAAGGACCCUUCAAAAUAACUGAAAAGAAGGGAGAAGCUGACUAUGUUAUCGACCUCGGACACAAAAAGAAGCUGUUUCAUGCGAACAUUCUGAAGAAGUAUGAACAAAGAGAAACCACGACACAAGUAAACGCCAUGUUGGCAUCAGUGGCUGCGAGGGAUGAGUGCGAAGACCACGUGGACGUCGACGUGGAGGUUCCUACUACGUUAGGAGCAACGAGAGAAGAUUGCCGAGAUGUAAUCGUCGGUGAGGGGCUAAGCACACAGCAGAGAAGUGACGUGCGAAACCUAACGACGGCGUAUCAAGAAAUAUUUUCCGACCUGCCCGGCUCCACUAAUUUGGUGGAAUGCAACUUACAGACGGCAACAGACUGUCCGGUGCACGUCAAGCAAUAUCCCCUUCCGUUCGCUGUACGAGGUGAGGUUGAGAGGGAGUUGGAGGGAAUGCUUCAGCUGGGAAUUAUUGAGAAGUCCAACUCUCCCUACCAUUCUCCAGUUUUGAUCGUAAAGAAAUCCGACGGAUCAAACAGGGUCUGUAUUGAUUUCCGAAGACUCAACGACAUCCUCGUUGCAGACGCAGAGCCCAUUCCCAGGUCGGAUUGCCUAAUUGCAGAGGUUGGCUCUCGCGUAUAUUUCACCAAACUCGACCUUGCCAAGGGAUAUUGGCGGAUUCCCAUCAAUGAGGAGUCAAAACCAAAAACCGCAUUUUCGACACCAAGUGGCCUGUAUCAGUUCAAGUACAUGCCGUUCGGUUUGAAGACAGCACCAGCGGUAUUUGCAAAACUCAUGCGAGAAGUGCUGCAGGGAAUCCCCAAUGUGCAACAUUACUACGAUGACGUACUCAUCGCGACUGAUACGUGGGAAGAACACGUUCAGACCCUGAACGAAGUUUUCAGGAAGAUUAGAGAAGCAGGACUAACGGUACGACCAAAAAAGUGCGAAAUUGGGUUCACUGAGCUGUCAUUCUUGGGACACAAGAUUGGUCACGGGAAACAAAGCCCUGUCUCAGCCACAUUGGAAAAAAUCAAGAAUGCGCCGAGGCCGAAGACAAAGACGCAGGUCCGGUCGUUUUUAGGACUGACUGGCUACUAUCGACAAUUCAUCCCUAACUAUUCGUCGAUUGCUGCGCCGCUGUCAGACCUGACAAAGAAACGAGAGAAAACCCACGUAAAAUGGGGAGAAGAUCAAGAACGGUCGUUCUGUACGCUCAAAGCGCAUCUUGCUGAGGCACCAAUUUUGCAGUUGCCCGAUUUCACGAAGCCGUUCAUUCUUCGAACAGACGCCUCUGACACAGGCUUAGGAGCGGUUCUACUUCAACAGGGUUCCGAUGAUCUUCACCCAGUAGGAUAUGCCAGUAGAAAGUUAAUAGACCGAGAGCGGGCGUACUCAACCAUUGAGAAAGAGUGCCUCGCUAUUGUCUGGGCAAUCAGACAUUUUCACAUAUUUCUGUAUGGGACCCAGUUUGUUAUUCAAACCGAUCAUCAGCCGCUUAGAUACCUUGACAGCGCGAAGUACAUGAAUACUCGAGUGCUCCGUUGGGCACUAGCUGUGCAAGAGUAUGAUUUCAAAGUCGAGGGCAUCAAGGGCAAAGAUAAUGUCGGUGCCGACUACUUAAGUAGAACCUAA